AACGGCGAAAACUUUUUUUUUUUUUGUCGCAAAACGAAGAAAACGCCCAAAAUGAGCGUUGACUCAAUUAGAUAGUUCCGUAAAACAAUUGACUUAUCUCACACUAAACUGCCAUCCCGAUGAGCAGACACGUUUGCACCCGCUGGGCCUUUGAUCUGGGCACAUGGACGCCCACGCUGCCGCAGCUGACGCAGGCGGUGGCUGCGAUACAGCCCGAGGAGCGCACCCGCCUGAUGAAGUUCCACUUCAUCGAUGACUUUCUGUCCUCGCUAAUUGGUCGGCUAUUAAUGCGUAAAUAUGUGAGCGUGUGCACGGCCACGGCCUACCAUCAAGUGCAAUUUGCCCGCGACGUGCGCGGCAAGCCCUACUGGGUGCGAGGGCAGAGCGAGGCGGCGGAGAAGCAGCCGCCGCCACCACUCAGCUUUAAUGUCUCGCAUCAGGGCCGUCUGGUGCUGCUGGCUGGUAUCACCACUGACACCGACACCACGGGGAGUGAGGCGGCGGACUUUGGCAUUGGAACAGAUGUCAUGAAGAUCGAGUAUAACGGAGGCAAGCCUCUAUCUGACUUCUUUCGGCUCAUGAAGGGAAAGUUCUCGGCCCAAGAGUGGAGCUAUAUCGGCCGCCCGCAGCACAACGAACCCGCCCAACUGAAGGCAUUUAUGCGCCACUGGUGCCUGAAGGAGGCCUACGUCAAAGAGCUCGGCGUAGGCAUCACAGUGGACCUAGAGAAGAUUAGCUUCUCUGUGGACACCACCCAUUCGCUGGUGGAGGCCGUCUCCCCGCUGAUCGGCACCACACUGCGCUGCAACGACAAGCCGAUGGACAACUGGCACUUUGAGGAGCACCUGCUGGAGGAGAAGUACUGUGCUGCCAUCGCAUUCCGCAACUGCCUGCCCCAGGAUCACGCCAGAUUCGAGAUGCUUCGCUUCGAUGAGCUUAUUGUAAAGAGUGCAGACGCUGCCGAGCUGGACAGAAGCGUGGUGGACUACUGCAAGGAGGCGCUGCUGAAGCCCCACAAGAGCGAUCGCUGACGGAGGAGAUUUGUUAUCUGUAGAAUAAAUCUAGAUCUAUGUUCUGAAA